AUGAAGCUACCCGCAACCAACCUGGCGAAUCAACGUCCUUGUUUCAUAGGAUCAUCGGAUCAUGGGAUGUGGGAAAACGGUGGAGGUAAUCGCACCAUCCGACAAUACCUAGCUUGGCGUACAAAUUCACAACUGCUUUACCGAAUCCCCCAUACUAUAAAGCAGCGCGAGCACCGGGAGUCCGGAGCUAAUGUUCCACGCCCUGGCAACCGACAGGAACGAAAGCGCUGGCGACGUGGGCGUUUGGGCGGGGAUACUGAACGUGGCACUGAAGGCUUGCGGGUUGACCAUGCUGUACUUGGCCGCCGCCGAGGGCGAGGACAGCAGGACGUAGUUGAGACUCCUUCGCCGGUAACUAAGAUUAUAGCCGAGGCAAAGACCUUGGCAGGUGGAGGAGCGCCAAACCCGCCUACCAAAAAUGGAUUAAACCGAACCUCUCAACUUCUCAUCCCUCCAUACCCACCGUCAUGGCCUGACAUUAGCUCGCGACCGGAGAUAAUCCAGAAAAUAAUGACCACCGCCUACCCACCCACCGUCCACCACUCCAGCAUCCGCGUCUCCACCCCCGAGGCCCUCUCCCUCCUCUCCGCCUACCUCGAAGCCACAACCACCGACCCCUCCCUUCAUCCCAGCGCUCACCUCACAGAACACGGCCCUGUCGCACCAUCAUCGGGCCACAACACCGGUCUCGUCCUACACAACCUCCGACGGGUAGAAGCUGGGCUCCGAGGGGAGAAUCUGGGGGAAGAUUUGACGUUCCAGAAGUACGGAGGGGAUGGGUUGCCGGAGUUGAUGCCUGAUGGCGUAGUUGAGGGUGCGGGCGAGUACGUUCAUCAGGGCUCCUCGUAUGACGAACAGGGAGGUUUGGAGAUGGAGAGCGAGUGGCAGGACAAAGCGGAGUUUGAGAGGCAGCAGGAGGUCGUGCAAGGGGAUAUUGGGAAGAGGGAUAAUGCCGUUGAUGGCGGCUUCGAAGAGGAUGGAGCGGUCGUGCCUCGGGUGAAAGCUACGUGGGGUCCUGAGGAUAAAGAAGCAAGGAAGAAGGCGAAGAGGGAGAGGUUGAAAAAAAUCCGAUUGGAGAACGCUGCGCGAAUCCAAAGGGAGGGCCGAGCGGAGAAAAUUGAUUCUCGAACAGACUCUCUGCUGAACGAUCUAAUACUCAGUCCAGGUCCUAAGGCUCGAUAA